GUUAAAAGGCCUUUUUAUGUAGUAAAUUUGAGAAGUGCCUAUCUUAUGACCUGAUCUUCAGAUAAGGAACCUGCGGUCAUGUCCAGCUGUUUUAUAUCCUCUAGACCCACGGAUCCCAUGGCUGUCCCACCAUCAUACAGUGACUUGGGAAAGUCUGCCAGGGAUGUAUUCAAUAAGGGCUAUGGAUUUGGAAUGGUCAAGUUAGAGUUGAAGACCAAGUCUUCCAGUGGGGUGCUGGAAUUUACAGCAACUGGCUCGUCUAACACAGACACAGGCAAGGCUUCAGGUAGUCUAGAGACAAAAUACAAGAUCAAAGACUAUGGGCUUACAUUCCUCCAGAAGUGGAACACGGACAACACAUUGGGAACAGAAGUUUCCAUGGAGGAUCAGUUGGCUGAAGGACUGAAGGUGGCUCUUGACACUGUAUUUGUACCAAACACAGGGAAGAAGAGUGGAAAGUUGAAGACCUCCUACAAAAGAGAAUAUCUAAAUCUAGGCUGCAAUAUAGACAUUGAUCUCUCUGGACCAACCAUCUAUGGCUGGGCAGUGCUGGGCUAUGAAGGCUGGCUUGCUGGCUAUCAGAUGGCUUUUGAUACGGCAAAAUCUAAGCUUUCGCAAAACAACUUUGCCUUGGGAUAUAAGGCAGGAGACUUCCAGCUGCACACUAAUGUGAAUGAUGGCACUGAGUUUGGUGGGUCUAUUUAUCAGAAAGUUAAUAAUAAGGUUGAGACAUCAGUCAAUCUUGCAUGGACUGCUGGCAGUAACAACACACGAUUUGGUAUUGCUGCUAAGUACCAACUGGAUGAGAAGACUUCCAUUGUGGCUAAAGUGAAUAAUGCCAGCCUGAUUGGAAUCGGUUAUGCUCACACCCUUCGACCUGGUAUAAAGUUGACUCUCUCAGGCUUGAUUGAUGGCAAGAAUUUCAGUGCUGGAGGUCACAAAGUUGGGCUGGGAUUUGAGUUAGAAGCUUAAUGCAGUUUUAAGUAAAACAACAAAUGGUGCUCUGGAAGAAGAAGGAAAAGCAUACCCAGUGUGUUUUGGCCUUAACAUUACUCUGAAAUCUCCAGCCGUGUGAACUUUCUACUCUUCCAAAGAAUGCUUUUAACCCACCCUUGAAGUCCAGCGAGUGCAAGCACCUCCAAAGAAGAUACUUGAAGGCAUGCAUGGGAGUUGUGAUGUUUGUGCCCCAUGUUUUCACUUGCUUAUCAUAUUCUAAAUGGGCUCCUAAAAGGAGAACAUCCCACCUCUCCCCAUUAUUGUAUCGCAUCCUGCAUGUCCUACCUUUCACACCCUUUUACGAAAGGUAAUCUGUGUGCUACAGCGUAACAUUUGGUUUUACAUCAGAAAUGAAAUAAAUGUCACAGUUGGAACAUA